AUGGCGGGCGCAGAGCAGGCGACGGUGAAAGUUCGUACCUCGCAGGGCGAGCUGCUCGGUCGCCGCCGGCGCACAGUGUGGGGGUUUCCCUACUGCUGCUUCCAGGGAAUCCCCUACGCGGCGCCACCGGUCGGACCGCUCCGCUUCAAGCCGCCUCAGCCGGCUGCCGCUUGGAGUGUACUCCGAGAUGCGACCAAAGAGGGCAACGUCGCGCCACAGAUGGACAUGCUGUUGGGGAAGUACACCGGCGACGAGAACUGCCUCUUCAUCAACGUCAGCAUGCCCAAGCUGCCGUCAGAGUGCUCUGGUGGUCAGCUGCCAGUGAUGUUCAUGAUCCACGGAGGAGGCCUGGCCGCUCUGUCGGGCAACGAGGACUUCUUCCGUCCAGACUUCCUCAUAGAAAAGGGCGUCGUGUAUGUGUCCUUCAACUAUCGCCUCGGAGUGCUGGGCUUCUUGUGUGCGGGUGACCGUGUGGUGCUGGGGAACAUGGGCUUCAAGGACCAGGUGAUGGCGCUGCGCUGGGUCAAGGACAACAUCGCCAACUUUGGCGGCGACCCCGACAACGUCACCAUCUUUGGCUGCAGUGCAGGGGCGUGGUCCUGCCAUGCCCUCGUCCUCUCUCCACUGGCCAAGGUUCCCUUGCUGAGAGUGCAGGUGCCUGGCAUCGUUCUUCCUGUUGUCACGAAUGGCAUUCAGUCGCAUGUGCCGUGUGACAUGGAUACUAGACAUGCAAACCUCCAGUAA